GUUGUUGCUCUUGCCUCUCCUAUGUUUGGGAAAACAGACAAAAUGGACGUUCGGUGCCACUCGGACGCAGAGGCUGCCCGGGUCUCGAAGAACGCGCACAAGGAGAGCCGGGAGAGCAAGGGCGCGGAGGCGAACCUCCCUGCUGCCUACCUCAAGGAGCCGCAGGGCGCCUUCUCCGCGUCGGGCGCCGCGGAAGAUUGUAACAAAAGUAAAUCCAAUUCCACAGCCGACCCGGAUUACUGCCGCCGGAUCCUGGUCCGAGAUGCCAAGGGGUCCAUCCGAGAGAUCAUCCUGCCCAAGGGCCUGGACCUGGAUCGGCCCAAGAGGACGCGCACGUCCUUCACUGCGGAGCAGCUCUACAGGCUGGAGAUGGAGUUCCAGCGCUGCCAGUACGUGGUGGGCCGCGAGAGGACGGAGCUUGCGCGGCAGCUCAACCUCUCCGAGACCCAGGUGAAGGUCUGGUUCCAGAACCGGCGCACGAAGCAGAAGAAGGACCAAGGCAAGGACUCAGAGCUGCGCUCGGUGGGCUCGGUCGCCAGCCGCCUGUCCUCCGCCCCGUUGACAAUGGCGGGUUCGCUGGCCGGGAAUUUGCAAGAACUCUCCGCCCGAUACCUGAGCUCCUCGGCCUUCGAGCCUUACUCCCGGACCAACAAUAAAGAAGGGGCCGAGAAAAAAGCGCUGGACUGAUUUUAAGUGUUUCCCUGUAUUUAUAUUUAUAGUAUCUAUUGUGGUGAUAUUUAUGGACACGCGCGUGUGGCGCCAGGGCUCCUGCGCUGGGCUCCCGGCUCCCACGAGGCGUCUGACAGCUCUUCUUCCCCACCAGGCUCUGCUACCAGUAUUAUCCCAUUUGAGUUUUGUUUUUUUUUUCUCCCUACCUUUCCUCUGUGUCGUUCUCCUCCCCUCCGACCCUAACUUCCUUCUGAAUCCAGGAGAAUCCAAAGAAUUGGGGCAAAAGCCUAAGUUAGCUAACCUUAUGCCCCCAACCAGUGCCGGCUCUGGAGGGAAAAGACUGGUUCUAAGUCCAAAGCACAGAACACCUGCUCCAUAUUGGGCCACUGCUGCCGUUGAUUAGUCUUAUGAAUAUUUGAAAAAGGAAAGCUGCACGCAGACCCCAGCUGAAAAGAUUUCGCUAGACCAAAAAGGAGGACGUUCCUUCCUUUCGCCAGAGAAACCAGGGCUUUCUGAAGCCCCUGGGCCCCACUUUGCGGACCUCUCCGGAAAGUCGAUGCAUAUUCAGCUUCCUGGCUGGACAAAUCCUGCCGAAUUUUCUCCUCUUUAAAGAAACUCCAAUCACAACCACCCCUGACCCCAGGAGACAAUAAACCAAACAUCCUGAUAGGCAACGGUGGUAAUAAAUUUGAUCUAACCAGCAAUAAAACAAGAGGAACAACUACCACACAAAACCAAAUGAAGUGGAACCAGUUUUUAAAUAUUCAUAACAAUGGAGUUUGGAAGGCUUAAGAAAAUUCAGAAUAGAAAAUGCAUCCCAGGGCAAUGCAAAAUUAAAGUUCUGGGUGUGAUGACUUUAAACAGGAAUUUAGAAGGGAAAAAGCAAAAGAAAAGCCCACGCCGCCGAUGAAAUAAAAUUCAGAAUCUUUUCUGAGGCUGUUCCAGGAGUUGGCCGACAGCUUCACGCUCCUCCAGGAGAGAGAUCAGUGCAGCUCGCGGCAGCUCCCGGACCCGGCGCUUUUCCCCAUCGUGUCCUCGACGGGUAACUCCAGGUAGAAUUGUUGGGUUUGAAAAUGAAUCAGUGCCCAUUGCCUCCUCUCCCCAACUCCCCGGAUUCACAAAGCCCUUCCAGCAAACAGGAAAAGCCCGGAUUUCAGAGUUCUUUGCGGACCAGGAGGCAGGGAGGCGGUUAGGGACAGUAAGGCCGCCGGCCUCCUCUGUCAGUAAUCUCUAUAUUCCGGAUCAGUUCCUUGCAUGGAUAGGAAAGGCAGCCCUCUCCACCCCCUCCUCUAAAAAAGCCCCAGGGUUUCCAUGGUUCCAAGACAGAAACCCGAACCGCGAUGCCGUCGCGGCCUCACCCCUUACCCGCUCAACAACCACCGUCCCCACAGCCACCGCCACCCGCAUUUUAACCAAAACCACAGACCCAGGCGGCGAGGUGUCGCAGUGUCUAGAAUGUAUUCCUCCAUCCGACGCCAGCGCAGAGCAUUUAAAAAAUAGUAAUUUUAUUGUAAAUUAUUUAAGUCGGAAGCUUUUUUCCUUUUUUUUUUUUAGGCAAAUAGUGAAGAAAAUAAUGAUUCAAACGCGGGUAGGUGUCACUGAAUCCUGGCUACUAACUUUGUUCUGAAUGUUUUGGAUAUUUGGAUGUUUUGUAUUUAUGUGG